UAGGGGGAAAUCUCCGCGACUAAGCUCAUAAAAAGGAAAAAGCGCUUGUGGUUCUCGACGUCCCGCGAAUGUUCUAAUGCAAGUUCGUUAUUAUCCUCAGACUUUGAAAAAGCACAGGAAGAACGCGCCUGCCCCUGCCGUCACAAUUUCCAACGCUUGUUCCGCCCGUGGCUCUGUAGGAGCCCUCAUAUACCAUGGCCCUGGUGUCUGCUGAUUCCCGCAUUGCAGAACUUCUCACAGAACUCCAUCAGCUGAUCAAACAAACCCAGGAAUCAUCCCUGCUUCUGGCAUCUUCAGUUGCAACCCUGAUCCCAGGACCACUGAUGUGGGGAAGAACAGUACCAGCAUCCUUCCCCACAAUCUCUUCCCAGGAAGAGCGUUCACGGAGUGAACACAACCUAGUGAACAUCCAGAAGACCCAUGAGCGGAUGCAGACAGAGAACAAGAUCUCUCCCUAUUAUCGGACAAAGCUGCGUGGCCUCUAUACAACUGCCAAGGCCGAUGCAGAGGCCGAGUGCAACAUCCUCCGGAAAGCCCUAGAUAAGAUUGCGGAAAUCAAGUCUCUGUUGGAAGAGAGGCGGAUUGCGGCCAAGAUUGCAGGCUUGUACAAUGAUUCGGAGCCCCCUCGGAAGACCAUGCGCAGGGGGGUGCUGAUGACCUUGCUGCAGCAGUCUGCCAUGACCCUGCCCCUGUGGAUCGGGAAGCCUGGCGACAAGCCCCCACCCCUCUGUGGGGCCAUUCCGGCUUCUGGGGACUACGUGGCCAAACCUGGAGACAAGGUGGCCGCACGGGUAAAGGCUGUGGAUGGGGAUGAGCAGUGGAUCCUGGCUGAGGUGGUCAGUUACAGCCAUGCCACCAACAAGUACGAGGUAGAUGACAUUGAUGAAGAAGGCAAAGAGAGACACACCUUGAGCCGGCGGCGUAUCAUACCCCUGCCCCAGUGGAAGGCCAACCCUGAGACGGACCCUGAAGCCUUAUUCCAGAAGGAGCAGCUCGUGCUGGCCCUGUAUCCCCAGACCACCUGCUUCUACCGUGCUCUGAUCCACACACCCCCGCAACGGCCCCAGGAUGAUUAUUCAGUCCUGUUUGAAGACACCUCCUAUGCAGAUGGCUACUCCCCUCCCCUCAAUGUGGCGCAGAGGUAUGUGGUGGCUUGUAAGGAGCCCAAGAAAAAGUGAAGCAGGCUGGCAGACUGGCAAUCUCCUGCCACCAUUAAGGGGGAAUAAAAAAAGAUUUUGUGACCAAAUAAAUACUC